UCGAAAAUCACGUUGCAUCUUUCCUCGCAAUUCUCAGUCAGAGUUCCAGUCUUUCCAUUCAAACUGACAUAGUUUUAAGCGUAGCAAUUUGCACAUUACAGUCUCGCUGUUUCCGAACUUGUUCUCCCAUAUAUCGUUCAGCAUAGCUUUCUCGCACCGCUUAAUUUUUGUAACCCGUUCUUGUAUAAGAUUUUUGGCAUCUUCAGCUUCACUAUACGUGAAUCGAACUACGUCCUUCCCACUCUCGUUGGUAGCUUUGAGUUCUAUCUCCUUAACUUUCCUCAAAGCCUCUAAAGGUGCGUAGUUUAAGCUCAGGUCUCUUAUUGUGUCUCUUCUUACCUUCCACCUUUUCCUCAUUGUUUACUUUGCUUCGAUAUCCAAAUUUGUGUUGUUAUCUAGUUUUUCGUCAUUGUUCUGCUUUUUUCAAUCAUGGGAUUGGCGUUGCUGGCUCCAGUCUGGAUUCGGGUUCUGGCAGCUAGGGUACGUUCCUUUGCCCGAGCUUGUUACUCUCCAGGCACUCUUUCAAAGGUUCUCGCUAUGCGUACUUCGUUGGUACUCGUGAAAGGAGCGGGAAAUUUACCUUGGGAUUCACUAGUAAGGAUAGCCUCCUCAGGUUCUUCCAGUACUUGGGCGGAUAGUGGCCCUUUUCUUGUGCAGAGUGUAAAUGCAGCAAGGCCUGAGCAGCAUUUUUUUUUGUCUUCUUUUCAUCUCUUGAUUAAUUUUGCAGUGUUUUCCACGGGGACCCCCGGGGGCCCGCCACCAAAUAAUUGUCGGGGUAGUGGGCAGUUGACCUUGGGGUUCACCAGUAGUGACAGAAUUAUUGGAUCCUUCCCUUUAGUUUCUGCCGAAGAGCUUCGGCUUGUUAGGCAACCUGAUGUAGAACAAUGUAGUUUCAUUGCGUUCGACGGUCUCGUAUUUUGCAGAACUAGGGCUUGUUGUAUCUAAACUUGGACAUUCCCAUGGGUAGUAUGAAUAAGUUAUGUUCGGGUCGUCUGUCUCACGCAAUAUCGGGAUAUAAGAAGACGUAAGGCAGAGAAAUAGUGACGUGAGUAUCUGCCCCUCAAGUCCAACAGAUGUUCCCGUGAGUCUCCUAUACUAGCUGCGAAACAUAACCAUGUCCUUUUCUUCGCCAGCCCAUUUUAUAAAGGAGAAGCUCUGUGCGAGACUCGUAUAGGGUGUUCCUAAUGGAUUUCUACUCUGGCUAUGGUCUCCAUUCAUUUCCCCGAAAGUCCGUUGGCUGAUUAGUUGACAUUUGUGGCAAAUUUGGAAAACAGCGGCGGUUUGUGAUAGCCUUCGAGUUCAUGAUGAUGCUCUUCUGAGUCAUAUUGUGAGGUGGAUGACUAUUAAAAGCCAAGAUCGUUGUCGACCCAGAGCUUGUUUGACCGUUGCGGGUAUGUGCACAUUAGUUGUACCUCUGCUUUCUCCCACAUAUCUCCCUGCAUCUUUAAGCCGCAACUAGGAUCCCAAAGACUUUUGCCACAAACGCAGCGCGCCUUCGCUAGGAGUUUCAUUGUUACUUGUUGAGCUAAUAUUCGAGAUAGUCCUCAUAUUUAGGCUGACGAUGAAUAUCGCUAUUGUUGAACUUCAUUCCAAAGAAUAACAAUUACAUGUACUGUACUAAUCAAAAUUUGUUGUGUAGUUCGUAAACAGAAAAAAUGGCCUUAGCAGCCUACAGACACCUUCUCCGCGCGACGAGAAUCGCCUUCAAUGGUUCGUACUGUUCUUCCCCUCGAACCAUUUCAAUAUCUAAUACAUCAACAGGAGAUAUCGCGCUCCUGACUUCCGCCCACAAACAAGCCCGUAGCACUUUCCUCACCAAUCGAUCUCUUGCUCCCGAGUCACCAGAAUCUAUAGCUGCUAUCGCGCAUGCCGAAGAUGUUGCGAAAUUCCUGAGGCAUAAUGUGGUUCAGGGACAGAAAGCAGAGGGUGAUGAGAAAUAUAGUAGGCGCUAAUUUUUUUAUCACAUAUGUAGCGGGCCCAUGAUUGUCGGGGAAAUGAGAUGGAAUGGAAUUUAGAGAAAAUGAAGUUGAAGCUAAGAGAUAACAGAGUUGAAUAUUCACGAACAUACGGAACGAGGAGAUAAUGAUACGAUUAAGAUGCCGAAUGGAAAGAAUGUUACGAUUGAUGGGAAGACCUGUAAGGACUAGGCUCUCUUAAGGAUGCAUGAUCUUUCGGAGAGGGUAGAAAAGGGGAAUGUAAAUGUAAGACAUGGAGGGUCGGUAUCUAGAAGUGAUAUGGAUAGCGAGGGUGUUUCACACAGGCUGAUGUAGAGCGAGAUGGAUUCAAAUUGUGACCGCAUAGGUCAUCGUUGUCAUUAUAUGCACUGUAUUUCCAAGCAGAAAAUAGAGUACU